CGGAGACCCGUCCUUUCCGGCUGGAAGGCGCGGCCUAGUACUGUUGCCAUGGGCACGGCUCCGCUUGGCGGGAGGCUGGCCGGCGUCUCGGCGGUCUGGCGCCGACUUCGCGCGAGGAGCCCCCGGGUCCUGCCUGUCUCGCUCCAACUAGGGAGCCUGCCGGUUCCCCCUGGGUAAUGAUGCUGGUGGACUUCCUCUCUGAGCCCGAGGCUUGCAGGGUGGGCAUUCCCAGUUAAGCAACCUAGUCUGCUUUCUCACCCCGUCCGUCAUCUGGCAGAGAGCAUGAAGGCCUUUCUAAGGAGCUCCGAUGGCAUCUUGGCACUCAGGCCAAAGAUAACAACGAUAGGAAAGCACGAUGAUUCGGACAUCGUUCUUAAGUCUCCAGGGUUGGAAGACCACCACGCUGCCCUCGAGUUCAGUGACGCUGAGCACAGCUUUGUUCUGCGGGACUUCAAUACCGGCAGUGGCUCCUUUGUGAACGACUGCCAGAUCCAGAAUGUGGCCGUGAAGGUGGGCCCGGGAGACCUGCUGCGCUUCGGCUCCGCUGGGCCAACCUUCGAGCUGGUGCUGGACCAUCCAGCUCAGCAGGUGCCGUGUCCUCCAGUGAAUCGGCGCAUUGCCUGGCCGGGCCAAAUCCAGAUGGUGACAGAGGCAACUCCCCUUCCUUCGGCAGCUUCUGCUCCCCAGUUUCCGUGGCUGUCCUCUCCGCAGUCCUCACCCGCCAGCCCCACCUGGCCUUACGCAGCAAGCGGGACCUCGCCUCGCCCCCCCCUCCGAAAGAGGCCACCCGGGAGCGCCUGGGGCAGGACUGUCUCCUCCUCUGCCUUCCCUCCCGAGCCUUCCAGUUGGCCUCCAGCCACCCUCACAGGCAACGGAGCCCUCCCUGGCCCUCUGGCCGGCAGCCACGCGGGGGACGCGCUUCUGAAAGAGAAGGAAGAGACCAUUUUGAGGCUGGGGGACGAAAUCAACCGCUUGUCCGCCUUCGAAAGCGAGUGCGGCCGCAAGGACACACUGAUCGCAGAGCUCCAGCACGAGAUUUUGGCCAUGAACGAGAAGGUGGUGGCAACCCUGGCCAAGAAGGACACCGAGUUCCAUCAGAAGCUGGCCAGCCUCGACAGAGAUGCCGAAGCCAAGGCCGAAGAGAUCAGAAGGCUGAAGGAGCAGGUCAGCAGUCUGCAGAAAGACACCAGCGAAGUCCUGUACCACUCCCUCUCGGACCGCGACCUGCAAAUCGCCCACUGGAAGCAGGAGAACAAGGCGCUGAAGAAGAGCUACGCCCUCACCACAGGGCUGGUGACCAGUUUGCAGAAGGACGUGGUCUCGAAGGAGCAGCGCAUCCAGCAGUUAAAAACGGACACCGAGAAGCUGAGGCAGGAGAGCCGGGAGAAGGACAGCCAGCUUGCCUAUAUUUCUGCCCAGUGCUCUAGAAUUAAAGUGGAGACCAAGCGGGAACUCAGGGACAGAGACCUCAGUGCCCAUCAGAGCCGGAUCGCGGAGCUGGAGCUGCAGGCCGGCCAGUCCAAGGAGGAGAUCAAGAAACGCUGCACAGAGCAGGAGACCUUGACCCGGAGGCUGGCGGAGGCCACCCAGGCCGAAGGGGAGCUGAAGCGAGAGGCGCAGAGGCGAGCCCAGCAGGUGCAGGAGCUGGGCCGGCGAGAGCGCCUCCUGCGCUCGGAGAUGGAGCAGGCAGCCGCUCAGGCGCAGCGUUUCCGGAACCAGGUGGUGAAGGCCCUCUUUCCCGAACUUCCCGAGAAACCUCUAACCGAUGAGCAGAUUGUUGAGGAAAUCCACCAGGUGCAGGAGGGCAAGCAGAGCUCUGACCAGAAGGAGGCUGGGCUGCAGAAGGAAAUGCAGAUCCAGGCCCUGGAAAUGGAGAACCUCUCGUCCAACCUGGCCCUGCUGAAGAAGUCGCUCGAUGGAUUUCAGGAGUUCUUGAAGACCUCUUUCUCUGCGAAGAGCCUGAAGGGGGCCAUCACCCGGCUGCAGAGCCUGGCCCUCCCAGCCCCCCUGGCCUCAGGAAUCCAAGCCUCUCUAGCCCGCAUCCUCUACAGCGUGCUGGGCUGGGUAGAAGCGCUGGAGUCUCUGCUCAGGAACAUGGGUGUGGAUGCUCCGGCUGGUGACCCAGGAAUGGCCUCCUACAUGAAGCAGCUGCUGGACCAGCACCACAGCGUCACGGGGCAGGUCCAGGCCUUGCAGAACCAGCUGCGGAGGGCAGAGGAGUCCCAGCACUCGGCCCUGCGGGAGAGGCUGAAGGAGCUGGAGGAGCGGUUGGAGGAAGAGUUUCGGGCCAGAGAGAGGAAGAUUCGGGAGGAAGAGAAGCAGCAGAAGGAGAUCUUGGCCGGAAGGGCCGCCUUGGAAGAAGCCAAGUCACAAGAAGCCCUGGAAGAGGAGAGGAAGAGGGGCCGCCUGUUGGAGGCUGAGAUGAAGGAGCUUUCCCAGGUGAUCGAAGGGAGAGCGCACCUGGAGAGGGCUUUAAACGCCAGGGUGGAAGAGAGUCUGGGGGCUCUGGAGGAUGUGAAGAGGGGAAAGGUGGUGGCCGAAGAGAAGCUGUUGGCCCGGGAGAGGCGGCUGCAGGGCCUGGAGGCGGAGGCCGAGUCGCUGAGGCAGAAGCACCAGCAGGAGAUCUUGGAGUACCAAGAGCAGGUCAAGCAGCACGCCAGGACCAUCGUGGAGCUGGAGGAGAGGCUGGUCAGCGCUGCCCAGCAGGCGGAGGAGGACCAGGGGGUGUCCCAGCCGAGAGAAAUGAAGAAGGAGCCUUGCAAGCUCCCCCCGCCUGCCUCCCCAGGGCUGAGCGUCAUGGAGGAGUUUCACGCUUUCCUGAAGGAGGAUCUGGCGGCCGCCAAGCAGGAGAUCCAGGCCAACCAGGCUGUCAUCGCGGAGCUGAAGAAGGAACUUUGCCAGGCCAGAGCCACCAUGUCCGACGUGAUCGGGGAGCUGGGUGAGAAGCAGAAGGCGGAGCUGGAGGAGAAGCGGGGCCUCGUGCAGAGCCAGGCCCGGGAGCUCGGCCUCCUCCGGGAGAAGCUGGCGGAGACCUGCAGGCGGCUGGGCCAGAGGGAGAGCCACCUUCAAGCCACCACGGAGGAGUUAAGGAAGGCCAGGGAGAAGGUGAAGGAGCUGCUGGCGCAGGAGGCGAAGGCCGGGGAACUGGCCAGGGUUCUGCAGCACAAGGGCGUGCAGACGGUGGGGGCCCUGCAGGACGAGACCCCCCGUGCUGCAAAGGAGCCCCCCCUCUUGUGCCUGGCCGACCUGGGCGCCAGGUGCAAAGGCUCCCGCCACGAGGAGGUCAUCCACCGCCAGAAAGAGGCCCUGGCCGAGCUGCGCAAGAAGCUUCGGAAGCUGGAGAAGGAGGCGAAGAACUCGGAGCCACUUCUGGUUGUCCGGAAAGGGCCGGCAGAGAAGCCAGAGCAGGCGAAGGUGAAGGACCCCACCACAGUGCUGACAGUGGGGAUGGCUGCCCACCAGCCUCCAGCUGGGCCCUCCGGCAUCGACCCCAACGUGGCCACGGAGAGGACCGCAAGGCUGGAGAUGGCGGAUGCGCUGGACCUCAGCGAGCACCUGUACCUCAGCCUUGUUCGUGGCCUCUCCGGCCUGAUGGACGUGGAGCAGCUGAUGGGCCUGCAGACCCUCAAGCACCUGCCCCAGGCCGAGAGGGAGAAGGUGAGCCUCCUGCGCCAGAAGGACCUGGAGCUGCUGCUGGACAGGAUCAGCAAGCUGAAGAGCCGCCUGGAGAGGAAGGAGUCCCUGCUGAAGGAGUACGAGGGGGACGCCGGGCACCUCAGGUAUCACCGCCAGCCCCGGGCGCUGGGGAGGGGGAGCUGGGCCCAAGCGGAGGGACGCCAGGCCAGGAGGAGGAGGAGAAGGGUGUCCGCAGCCCAGGCAAAUUCCCUGGCCCCGCGCAGGAGCAACAGGCACAGCCUGCAGGCCUGCCAGUCGGAGGCGGCCAAGCUGGCCGACCAGGUCUACAGGGACGCGGAGGAGAAGGCGCUGCUGAAGGAGGCGCUGGAGAGGACGCGGCUGCAGCUGAGCAAAGAGAAGAGGCUGAACAAGGCCGUCAAGAAGCCCAAGACGCCAGCCCCACGGAAGCCGCCCUCCGAAUGUCCGAAGGCAGCCGAGGGGCCGAGGGAGGCCGGCAGACCCCGAGUGUCUUGCAGCGGCUGGACUUAGGCUGCCCCCUUUCCGGAGCACUGUGGGGUAGGAACCAUCCUGCCGCUGUAAAUAGGAGAAAUGGUGCAUAAAUGAUGUGUUUUAUAAAGAUGUGUAUGCGCUUUGUCCGGACA